AUGUCUGCUCGGCUUCUUCCGGCAUCUGCGGCAGCCUUUGCUCCUCGUGCCUCAUCAGUCAACGUCGUCCUUGGAUCAAAAGUGGAACCAUGGUUAACGCAAACCCUCAAGCGCAUCAACAAGGUCAAGCGUCCGCUCAACAGUGUUCCUCAGCACCAGCGCUGCCUCACAGAACACCUCUCUAACGAGAAGGCCAUCUGGACACUUGCCUCAUUGAUGCUUGCCAAGUCUCCCGAGGCAGAUCUGCGCCAAGACGAAAACCCCGUGGUCGAGGCUCUCUUCAGCUAUCAGCUGGUCCACCUCGAGGCCUACAUUGUGCACGUCGACAUGGUCCUGAGGAAUGAGGUUGCUUACAAGCUCACUCCAGAUACCAUCGAGUCCCUCAUCGAGCACCACAAGGACGUCUGCGGUGUUGAUAGCAAGGCUGCCACCUACGACUGGCCCGAGAAGGAGCAGCAGGCCAAGAAGCUGCACGAGGAUUUCGUACAGGCCAUCAACAAGUUUGUGUUCAGGACACACGUUUCGGCUCUCGAGGGUCUCGAGGAAGAAGGUGCCGGCGAGCUGCUGCGUGGAAAGAGCGAGGAGGUCAAAACCUCGAUCAUGUCGCUUAUGAACAGGCCCCUACUCCCUCCUCGUCCUCCCAAGGCCGACAGUACCAUUGAGUACCUGCCCUUGCUUCCGAAACCACCA